AUGUGGGCGGUGUUGGUUUUGUUGUGCACCCAUCUGUCGUCCAUCUUGUCGAUUCACACGAGAUUUUGUCAACUCGUCUGGCCAUUCUUCGCCUCCGCCCUCUGCGCCAAAAACCUAUCAGCAUCAACAGCUGAUGAUUUCGAAUUCCACGCGUUUCACGAGGAGCUGGAGGAAGUGAUCCGCAACAUGAAGCCCUUCUACAGAUUCGUUGUCGGAGACUUCAACGCAAAACUAGGAAAGGCUACAGAAGAGGAAUACAGGAUCGAAAAAUUUGGGCCAGGGGACCGGAAUGAAAAUGGCAAUCGUUUCAGGCAGUGGUUUCCCGCUCGCCUCUUUCAUGGGAAUUCUCUUUUCAUGAAGAAAGAUCAUCGUCGGUGGACAUGGGAAUCGCCCAGUGGCGCGACUAGUGCGGAGAUCGUGGUGUCUACUUGA